AUGCAGCAGGUACACCCUCGCGCUCGUGUUCAUCGAUCGAAGACGGACGGUGCUGCUGCAAUGGGGGGACACCGACACGCCGCCCACCAAUACCAGCACGCUCGGCGUACCGAGCCAUCCCCCCACACCCAUACGCAUUAUCCCGCCGAAGAAGCGGGCAUUUCCAGUCCCUGGCAGCAUAUGGCCCAAAAUUACGCGUGGGUCACCGAGCAGGAGUUCGUCAAACACGAGAAGCAGACGGGGAAGAAGACGAACAAGUGGAUUUUGGAAGAUGAGAUCCUCAUAUCUGAGCUCCAUGCAGCCGAAGGGAAAGGAGCUUCGGGGGGGAAGGCACAGACUUCAUACCAUCACGCUGAAGUGAACUUGAAGGGGAGUAGGCCCCCGCUACGAAGACAAUACGCGUACCCUUGGCCGGCUGACGGUGAACGAUGGGAAGAAGUGCUAUGCGCUUACGAGAUUGAGGCAGACCGGUGGAUGAGGGAACAAGAGCAGGCACGACGGCUGGCUAUGGAACGAGAACGUAUAAAGAAUCGAGUCCUACAAGAGGAGUACAUACGGAGAGAGGCAGCUCAUCAACGACAACGACAGAAGGAAGCAGAGAAGCGACUUCGCAUGGAAGAAGAACGGAUGAGGCGACUUGCUGCCUUGCGCGAGCAGGAACGGAAGGAACGCGCUCAAGCCGACAAGGCUACAGUCGACGCCUGGCGCGAAUACGAAGAGCGAUGGAAAGCUCUUGCGUCGCAGACCGAUCCUCUAAACUUCGCCUCGAUACCCUGGCCUGUCGUCUUGCCGCCGACAACGCCGACCGGGAUCACGUCUGCGGCCAUUGUGCUGUUCCUGUAUUCCCCCUUGCACUCACCAGGCCAGUCGCGGAAGGAUCGGAUACGGCACGCGCAGUUGCGCUGGCAUCCUGACCGUUUCCGAAAGGUGCUGGAACGUGUUGCGGAAACAGAUAGAGAGGCCGUCGAGGAGGGCGUGGGCAUCGUCGCGCGUUGCCUAAACGACCUCAUGGCAAGAGAGGCUGUAGCCUCGCGCCACCAAGUAAGCCUUACUCCGUCUCCACUGUACACGUCCUUGCAAUACUGA